CCUUAAUCUCUUCAUUUUGAGCGGCUGAGAAACGCUUCUCCCCUCUGAAACAUCGUCCUUUUGCUUUCAUUUUUGGCUUGGCUUUAGCUAGCUGGUCCAUGACGAGGAACUAAAGCUUGGAACUACAUCCAAGUUCGUUUAAUAAUUUACUGGCCACCACCCUCAAACUAAGAAAUCACAGCCAUGUCUUUAAGAGCUUUCAAACAGAAAGAGCUCGACUACUACACGUACACUAGUCCUAGUAGUACAGCUUAACAUUAUUGAACUACUAUAGCCAUGAAAGGCCUCUGCAUUGAGCUUCUUCACAACUCCAGAUUAGUGGGUACUGGAAGCGCCAGAGCUUUCUCUUACCGGUUUCAGAGAAAGAACCAUCAGGCCUUCUUGUCUUUCCCAAAACUUGUAGUCUCUUCGGCCUCCUUCUCUCAAAAAUGUUUCGCAACUGUGGCGCCUGUGGUAGCCGAGGUGGAAGAAAAGGAAACAUUCGAUUCAGAGACAGCUGGCUUGCUAGUGAAGGAGCUCCGAAAGAGUUUCAAUUCGGGAAGGACAAAGAGCUAUGAGUGGAGAAUGUUACAGUUGAGCAAUAUUGCAAGGAUGCUUGAUGAGAAAGAGAAGGACAUUAUUGAAGCUCUUUACAAGGACCUCUCAAAGCCCGAGCUUGAAGCAUUUAUAUCCGAGAUUUCUACAGCAAAAUCAUCAUGUAAGGAGGCAUUGGAAGGAUUGAAGCAGUGGAUGGUUCCACAAAAGGUCAAAACUUCAAUUUCAACAUAUCCAUCAUCAGCAGAAAUUGUGUCAGAGCCUCUAGGGGUUGUGUUGGUCAUCUCAACAUGGAACUUUCCUUUCUUGUUAUCAAUUGAUCCAAUUAUUGGAGCUAUUUCAGCAGGAAAUGCAGUUGUACUAAAACCUUCCGAAAUAGCUCCAGCUACAUCUUCACUUCUUGUACAAUUAGUAGAGGAGUAUUUAGACAGUUCUGCUGUAAAAGUUGUAGAGGGUGCCAUCCCAGAAACUACUGCACUAUUAGAGCAGAGAUGGGAUAAGAUACUGUAUACAGGUAGUGCUAAAGUAGGGCGUAUUGUGAUGGCUGCUGCUGCAAAACACCUUACACCUGUGAUUCUAGAACUGGGUGGAAAAUCCCCAGCUGUUGUUGACUCAGAUGUUGACUUACAGGUUGCUGUUAGGAGGAUAAUAGCAGGGAAGUGGGCAUGUAACAAUGGACAAGCUUGCAUUGGUGUUGAUUACAUUAUCACUACAAAAGACUUCGCUCCAAAGUUGAUAGAAGCUCUAAAAAAUGAACUGGAGCAAUUUUUUGGGAAAGAUCCCAUGAACUCAAGAGAUAUAUCUCGCAUUGUCAGCUCUACCCAAUUUGCACGUUUGGUAAAGCUCUUGGAAGAGGACAAAGUCUCUGAUAAAAUUGUCCUUGGAGGUCAAACGGAUGAGAACCAAUUAAAAAUAGCUCCAACUAUCUUGCUGGAUAUUCCAGAAGACACUCAGAUUAUGAAUGAGGAGAUAUUUGGGCCAUUAUUGCCUAUUGUCACUGUUGAGAAGAUUGAAGGCAGUUUUGAUGUGAUAAACUCGAGGCCAAAACCUCUUGCUGUGUACGUUUUCACGAACAAUGAGCAGCUGAAGAAGAGCUUUGUGGAAAAUAUAUCGUCAGGGGGGAUGCUCAUCAACGAUACAGUCCUACAUGUUGCUGUUGCCGGUUUACCUUUCGGAGGUGUCGGGGAGAGUGGAAUGGGUUCAUACCAUGGUAAAUUCUCGUUUGAUGGCUUUAGCCACAAGAAGUCAGUUCUGUACAGAAGUUUCAGUGGAGAUUCUACUCUGAGGUACCCACCAUACACACCUGAAAAGCAAAAAUUACUUAAGGCUGUCAUCAGUGGCAACAUAUUUAGAAUUAUCAUGGCUUUGAUGGGAUGGUGAUCUAUACAAUGUAAAGAUCACUAAUGUACUUAGACGACAAUGUUUUACUGCAGAAUAAUUAGUCCUUUAUUUUUUUUCCUUCUCGUUAAGUGAAGGCCAUAUGCAUUAAUGAAUAUUAGCGACCGUCAGUUAUUGCAAUA